AUGAGCAGUAAGGAAGAGCAAGAGAUGAAGUGCCGAUUUGCACUCGAAGUGUACCUGUCUCGGAACCUGGUCACGCCAAGCUAUCGAGCGCGUUCGAGUCGCCACGAGGAAUGUUCAAAUCGCCACUACCAGAGGUGCAUGAAGCUCAUUCAUCAUUUGUCGGAGUCGAACAUGCAACAGGCGACUAUCGACGACCUGAACAAGAUGUGCCGGAAGUGGCAGCAGACUGUGGCCUGCAUCGACCAUCAUCAAGCGCGGUGCUUCACCGAGCAGCAGAGUCGGCUUUUCAACCAAGUGUUGGCUACACCCAGACAAUAUCUCAGCAAGCUCUGUGGGAAUCCCGAUCUUCAGCGAGAAUAUUUGAAGUUUGCUCAAUGCGACAAGGAUAUCACAAACAAUGAUCGGAAGUGUGGCCUGGUUUUCAAAAAAGUCCUCAAUAUCUCCCACGACCAGCCGCCGAAGGAGGCCACGGAUCAAACAUCCGUUGAGCGGGUUUUGAUAAAAAACUGUUGCACCUUCCAUGAAUACCUCCAGUGCAAAAAGCAGUUUUUGACCCAGGAUUGCGGAGAAAACGCCAAUCAGUUCUUUGAGACGCACAUAAAACGAAUAAGUGCUCCAUUCGCCGAAGAACAGUGCGGAGCUUUUGUUCAUAGAUGCUCAUCGACGGGAUGUAGCCUGUUGGGGAGUACCCCGGUCCUUGUCUUGGCGAUUUCGUUACUUCACUUCAAUCGAUCUUGUUAA